AUGGCCAUUGCGAUGGUGUCAAGCUUCAAGGCCACUACGAUUGAGGAGCUGCGUGAGCGUAAGAUCAUCCAGUUCAACGACUACGUCGAGGUGACAGAGGCUCACAUCUACGACCGACGAGCGGACAAACCCUGGACGCGCCUCACGCCAAAAGACAAGGCAGCAAUCAGGCGAGAGCUUAACGACUUCAAAUCAUCGGAGAUGGAAGUGCAUGAAGGCAGCAGGCACUUGACUAGAUUUCACCGGCCAUGAUGCUUCCAUCGUCCGCUCGAGAGCAUGAACGACACCAGGUGGCGUGCUAUGCAAUUGCCAGCAGGUGGCGCUGGUCCAUUGUUUGCCUGCGCUCUGCAACGACCGCGGGGUGUGUCGCUCAGCGGUGACCCGACGCUAGAGAAUCGCUGCAGGGAGAGGGCGCCACCGCUGCUGCCGUCGCCGUCGACGCGUGCGUCUCUCGCCUGUGUUGGAACACGUGACCUCUGGAGGUCAAUUGCGGGGCGCGACGUCGGAAGAUGAGCCGGCGAGAAGUCACGAGACGGUCGGUGGCGCCCCCACACGAGAGCGGCGCUGGAGUUCACGCCGCUGUUACGCAUUGUUGGUCGGCAUGGCAAUGCGGGUUGCUAGGAGACGUGGGUUGCCAGGCGACGUGCACGCGCGUGCUAUCAUGAGUUAGUCUAUCAUAAUUUAGCGUGCAGAGAGCGGGAGGAAAGACGCUGGGGGGGAUGGCGCGCGAGAGAGAGAUGGAUCGAGUGCCAUCGUGUACAAAAAAUCGUGUGUAAAUGUUUUCGGUAGCUAACCGCUCUGAAGGCAAGCUAUUUUGAUUACCAGCCUAUAUUCUGUAUGUUGUUAAUUUCGAGUAAGUUGUGGAGCGAGUAAGUUGAGGAGGUGAUUGUGUGAUUGCAGAGGAGAGCUGGGGAGGAGAGCGGGGGUUGUUUGUUUACUUUAAGUGGCAUCACAAACCAUCGCUGUUGAAUUUUUAACCGCACGAGAAAAGUCCAUAUUCAGUGUGUUUGCGUGCGUGCGUGCGUGUUUUGAGUGUGUGGAAGAUUUGUAAUACAGGUGGCGCCACCAUAGUGUGUAACACAUUUGCUGAUGCGUGCUGACUUACUUUAAACGUGACAUGUACAUAAUUUGCAGAGAUCGUGGGUUUUUACAAUGUCAGCACGUCACCAGCAGGCAAAGGCAUUCACUAGAACCAGUACGACGUUGUUUAUAUAAUUGAAGAAUGUAGCAGUGUAAUUUAUAACGUAAUCUGCCAACACUGGUCUCGUCUGUCUAACCCUUGUCUUCCCUAGUGACAUGCAUUAGUUUAGAACGUGUUAAACGGGCGCCAUGUUUGGCCAUGAAAAUCUGGCUGACUCUAAACAAAUUGUUGUUUUUUUGAUGAAAUUCUGCUUGUUCCCUCCAUUUAGCAGCCUCUGUCUAGUUACUAUAUCUUAUAAUCUAAAAGAUUCUAAAUUGCACAAAACCUGUUAAAAUCUCAUAACUAGUUUUGCAUUGUGUGCUCUUUUUGUUGCAUGAUUUUGGGAUAGGUUUUUUUUUGGGUGCUGGCAGAUGCGCGGCAGACGGUUAGCUUGGUAGAAGUUGUGAGGCGUGUGUUGAUGAAACCAUGUCUUUAAUCAAUGCCACGUUGUCAUGACAUCUAUUUAAUAGAAGUUUGUAAUGAAUGAUAUGUCAGAUGAGUACAAAUAUGACUGAAACAAAUGAAAAUGAUUGAAAUAAAUUGAAAGUAAUUUUGAACUGCUGCCAGAUAAAUGGAAACGACUGCAUUUUAAUUAGUUGCAAGUAGCCUUGCGUGUGAUCGCUCGAAACUGACUGAAAUAUUCAUGUUCUAACUACUUGUAGCGUUUAAUUUCGUGCCGUGUUACCAUUGGAAAACAUAAAUCAUUAGUCAGAUACGCCGAUAAAAACAAUCGUGGCAGCGCUAAAUCGAUUUUUUGUUCUGUAUCAACGUCAAACGUGAAUUGCGUUUCACUUAUUAUUCUGCCCGCUAGAUGUCAGCACUGUUAUUUAUAUGAGAAUACGCGGCGGGGUGGAUAAUUAGAACUAUUGUCGUGGGUUGACCCUUUUUUUUAGGUUGCAAGCUGAGUCGGUGAUCGAUAGCUGAUCGUGGGUCAUACCAGGCAGGGUGGACAAAAUCAUGGUGCAACGUGCGGUGGGUGCUCGGUAACUUAAAAUCGUUUACUGUUUUAUAGCAGCAGGCAUGCGUAUGACCGAGGAAUUGUUUUGCUGUCUAUUUAUGAAAUACUUGCAUGUAGGAAAAUUUCCAGGGGAGUUGAGAAAUAUAUGGAACAAGAUAGGGUCAUGUAAUUGUCAAUGGUUGGAGAGCAACAUUUGACAGCAUGUCGCUGUUUGUAAAGUAUAAUGUAUAAUAUAAAUAAAUCAUCACAUGUAAUAUUCCGCUA